AACCAACUUCAACCCCAGCCACCUGCUACCCUCGCCGUCCGCCAGCGAGCGUAUCGAACGAGCUUCCUCGCCUGAUUGUGAAAUUCCAUCUGUCUGAAUUGUCUUUCUCAUACCCUUAUCUCCAUGUCCCGUGCCGGACCCUCGUCAUCCGGCUCUCGGUCGCUCUUGCAGCGCAUAAGCUCCCCGCCACCUCUUCUAGAUCACAAUGCGGCUUCCGGGCCUUCGCAUGACAACUCGCGGAAGAGACAACGCAAACGGAAGCGCGAAACGCCACCACCAGAGAUGCUGUACACGCCGUGGCUCGACCUCUGCCGCGACCAAUUUUCGCGCUGUGAGAGCGCAAUGGACAAAUUGCAUUACGAGAUACUCGCAUACGAGCGAUAUAUGGCGCCGACACCGCAGGAGAAUGAGGCGCGGUCUCGGACGCAGUCGCUCAUAAUGAACGCGCUGCGGGACCUACCUUGUGUCGGCCGCCUUCAGCUGUUUGGGAGCUCAGCCAUAGGCAUCGUCACCCCUACCAGCGACCUCGAUAUGGUCAACGAGAAUUCCCGCCUCGCUCAAGCCGGUCAGCCCGCCUGCAUCGACGCGCUCUGGGCCAUCGGCAGGCGCCUCCGCCAACGGGGCAUCGUCUCUGAGUUCAACGUCAACAAAUGGGCCCGCGUGCCCAUCAUCACCUUCGCCACGCGCCCCGAGUUUGGGCCCUUCGACGUUGAUAUCGGCGUCAAUAAUGUCGACGGGCUGAAUGGGGUGCCAAUUAUGCAGAAAUAUCUGAGGACCAUGCCGGCGCUGAGGCCGCUGCUUUUCGUGCUGAAGCGCUUUCUGGGGCAGCGCGAUCUGGGGAAUGCGGCGAAGUCGGGGCUCGGAGGCUAUGGACUCAUGUGUCUGAUCGUUGCAUUCUUGAAAAAUAACCCGCAGGGCCGACCCCAGUCUUACAUUGAUUCGCCGCUUGAGGAGCGAUCGCUCGGCAUACUGUUGCAAGACUUCCUCGAGUUCUAUGGGACGAAAUUUGACUAUGAAGCUCUCUAUAUUGCGCCGGAAGAAGGAGCCUAUCUCCCGAAAGAAGAAGGCGAGGAAUGGCUCGGCGACCUCGAGAAAGCCGCCAACCGUUUGGUCAUCAAGUGCCCGGUCACGCCCGGACACGACGUUGCUCGCUCUGCGGGGAGAACCGCACAGAUAGUCGACGCUUUUGCUGCCGGCUUGUCCAUAAUCCAGGAGGCCAACCUGGCGGAUGAGACAAUACUCGGGGCUCUCAUCGGAGUCCCCCAGAAGGUCAUCGACAGACGCGUCAGCCUUCGCCAUCUGGUCGAUAGUGGUGGCUAUGGUCGAACAUACGUUGCGCCACAAUACCAACCAUAUGCUCAACCGCGUCGCGCAAGACCACCAUCGCCUCCGCGCGGCCGAUACCCACCAUACCGCAGUCACGAUCGUCCUCCGCCUUCCUACAAACGCCCGCGACAUGACUAUUACUAGCGGGUUGACCAAUACAAUACCUACCGUAUUUGGAAACGCGGAAGCUCUUGGUUGAUCGCCGCCGGUCAUCACAAUUUCGUCACAGAUGUCACUCGGCAACUUCUUUUUGACGGUCACAACUCCUUUCAGACAAUGGAUGGGAUUCCACGAGGUGCGUUGAGGCGCAUCCCUUUGUAUCUCCAACCACGCGCGCGCGGGUAUCGUCGGCUGCCCUUUGGCCCACGCGGGGUAGACUGCUUUGAGUGGUUGUUUUAUCCCUUUUUCUUGACCAGGCCGGCCUUUCGGCCUUCAAAGUCGCAAUGGACAGCUCAAGAUAAUCGGCGGGCCAACGCGAUAGUCUUCGAGCACAAUGAACGAUCUUCCCUUUGCGCUUG